AUGUCUGGUUUAAAAAGAACUUUUGAUAUAAAAGGAGAACCUUCUUCUUCAAAACGUGUUCGGUUUGAUAAAAGAACAAAAUCAUCCUCUUCUGCAGAUGAUACCGAAUUUGAAUUUAAUCAUGAAGAUGAACUUGAAGAAAGAAAGAAACGACGUGGUGCUGUUAAUUUUGAUGUCUAUGAUAGUGAUGACGAAGAAGUAGGAGGUGGUAUAUAUAGCAGUAGUGACUCCGAUGAUGAGAAAGAAAAAGAAGAGUCAACAACAAAGAUACCUUCUGGUGAAGAUUUUGAUAUGUUUGGUGCAACAGAGAGUUCUAAUGAUGGCAAAGGGAAAGCAACGAAUAAAAGGGCAAAGCAAGAAAUUGAAGGACAAGAAUUUGAUUCUUAUGAUCGUGAUGCUAUAGAUGAUGAUGAUGACGACGACGAUGAUAUUGAAAAUGGGCAACCAAAGGGACCCAAGAUUACAGCCUUUAAUAUGAAAGAAGAGUUAGAAGAAGGUAGUGUGGAUGAGAACGGUAAUUAUGUACGCAAUAAAGUAGAUCCUCAAGCAUUUCAUGAUAAAUGGAUGGAAGGUAUUUCACGUAAAGAUAUGAAUAAAGCAAAGGAAGCACACGAAAGACGUGAACGUGAAGAAGCACUUAAAGAAGCAGAACGUCAAGCAACGAUCCCUCAAACGAAAACAGAUGUGUACCGUGCAUUAGUGGAAUAUUUAAAACCAGGACAAAGUGUUCAAGAAGCUUUAACAUCUUUAGCCAAUUCAUUGCCAAAAAAACUACCUGCUUGGAAACAAAAGAUGCUUGAAAAAAAGAAUAAAAAUAAGAAAGCAAAGGAUACAGAGCCUCAGUUGACAGAGGAUGAAGAGAGUUCAAGACGUAAAAAAGUAGAAGCUAUUACUGGAUUAGCGGAUCAAAUGAUGGCUUUAGGCCAUUUUAAUAUUUAUGAUGAUACAUUUGAAAUGAUGGUACGUUAUUUAAGAAGAGAAGGUAGUGUAGCUCAAGAUUGGUUGCCAGACACAACAAAAUAA